AUGACGUUUGAAAAUUUAGGAGUAUCGCCAUGGCUUUGUGAGGCCCUACAUGCCAUGGCCAUCCAUAAACCAUCUGCCAUUCAGCAAGCUUGUAUUCCCUCUGUUUUAAAGGGCCACGACGUGAUUGGUGGAGCCAAGACUGGGUCUGGCAAAACGAUCGCAUUUGCUGCGCCGAUGCUCACAGAGUGGUCACGGGAUCCAUUCGGGAUUUGCGGCCUUAUCUUAACGCCUACCAGAGAACUUGCUAUUCAAAUUGCAGAACAGUUUUCAGCUCUAGGUUCUGGUAUGAACAUUAGGGUCUCUGUUAUCGUCGGAGGUGUAGAUAUGGUGAAGCAGUGUCUAGAAUUGCAACGCAGGCCACACUUUGUUGUUGCUACCCCAGGACGGUUGGCUGAUCACAUUAUGUCAAGUGGAGAAGAUACAAUUGGCGGUCUUCGGCGCAUCAAGUAUCUGGUGCUUGAUGAGGCAGAUCGUCUCUUGAGUUCUUCACUUUCAGACGAUCUGGCAAGAUGUAUGGCGGUUUUGCCAGACCCAAUAAAACGUCAAACACUUCUUUUCACUGCCACAAUUACAGACGCUGUUCGAGGCCUCAAAGAAGCACCCACCAAACCAGGAAAGCUUCCCGUGGUGUCGCACGAGGUGGCUCUUGAUAGCAUGGCUGUUCCUGAAAAGCUCGAGCAGUACUAUAUUUUGUGCCCAACCUAUGUCAAGCUGGCAUAUCUCUAUGGACUCCUGGAGCAAGAGGGCAACGCCAAGAAGACCGCGAUAAUUUUUGUCAACCGCACGCAAACGGCUGAACACAUUCGGCGCACCUUACAAUUAAUGGAUGUGAAAACAACCUCGCUUCAUUCUCAGAUGCCUCAGUCUGAGCGUCUCAAUGCACUGGGUCGCUUCCGUGCUGCGGCUGCUCGUGUUCUGGUCGCUACAGACGUGGCAUCUCGUGGUCUAGACAUCCCUACUGUGCAAAUGGUUGUGAAUUUUGAUAUUCCAGCUGAUCCCGAUGAUUACAUUCACCGAGUGGGCCGUACGGCUCGUGCUGGCCGAUCGGGCGAAUCUAUCUCAUUGGUGGGUGAGCGGGACGUUGAGCGUAUCGAGGCCAUAGAAGCACGAACUGCUACGAAAAUGGCCCAAUAUGAGAACAUCAGUGACAAACUAGUAAUUGAUAAAGCGCUGAAGAAGGUGAGCAUAGCCAAGCGUCAGGCCAUUCUCGAAAUGGAUAAGGAUAAGUUCGGCGAGCGCCGCAAAAUCCAGAAGAAAAAAGCCAGAAAUAGCUCAUAG